AUUAUGUUACACUGGUCAAAUGCGCCUGACUAAGAAAGCAAGCACCGAGCAUACAAAUAAGAAGAAGAACUUAACCUAUUUUGUAGAAGGAAACUAAAAAAGUAUCAGCAAGAGCCAAGUUUUCCAUAAAAAAUUACGAGUAUUACAUUGUGACCUCAUGAACUUUUAUAUUUUCAAAACCUCUACUGGGUUAUGAAGUGAAGUUAGUGGAAGUGCAACAAGUUUACUUUAUUUAAAAAUGUUUUCAAACGGCCUAACCUGUAACCUGCCCUUUAGUUGUAUGAGUGGCACCAGAGAUUCAGGUUCAGAAGAACUCCUUCCAAAUAAAACAUCUAGAGAACCUGUUUUACUAAACGUGUAUGAUAUGUACAAGAUCAACGAAUACACAACCAAUAUAGGACUUGGAGUUUUUCAUUCAGGUGUAGAAAUAUAUGGAAAGGAAUAUGCAUAUGGGGGACAUCAUUGCGCUUUUACGGGAAUUUUUGAAAAUAACCCUAGGGACGAGAAAGAUUUAGGAGAGCAAUUCAGAUUUAGGCAAACAAUACAAAUAGGUUAUACAGAUUUUACUGAAGACGAUGUCAAAAGAUUAGUAAACGAACUAGGUAAGGAAUUCCGUGGAGAUAGAUAUCACCUCAUGAACAACAACUGUAACCACUUUUCUGGAGCUUUCACAAAGAUUUUAUGUGGACAAGACAUACCUUCAUGGGUGAACCGACUGGCACACUUCAGCAGCUGGGUUCCAUUUUUAGAACGUUGUCUGCCUAAAGAGUGGCUUCAGCCAAUAGAUUUGCAACACUCUCUUACCUGCAGGCAAGAUUCAACUUGUUCGGGAGCGUCAACACCACCUUACUAAAAUUGCCAAUAUUUCUAUUGAAUAUAUCGAGUGAAAGAAUUUUAGUUCAUUACUACUAUCAAUAAUAAUUAUUGAUUAUGCAAUUUUAUUCAAUAUUGUGUUUACUAUCAAGUUUCGGGAACUAGUUUCAUAACUCAUCGAUAUAAUUUAACUUAAAUGUAUUUUUCGGCGAUAAAUUGGGAGAAAUUUUUCGUGGAGGACAUUGUGAUUGGGUAACUUAUUCGACAAAAAAUUUUCUGGUCGUAGGGUGGUAUCUACUUAAUUUUGAUUGUGAUACAUGAAGAAUGAAAAGCUGAUUGGGUUUAAAUAUAAUAUUAAUAAUUUUGA